UGCCGCGACGAAAGCGCUUCUUUCUUUUCUCUUACGAUUUAUGUUGCACAUAGCACGUGGAAGUCGUACUUUUUGUUUAAAAAAAAGCUUUUAAACUAAAAAUAACAAAAUGCCAUUGGCCGUCGAUUACCUACACCCUGCUCCAGCUGAGGAGAAGAGGAAGCACAAGCUUAAACGUUUGGUGCAAAAACCAAACAGUUACUUCAUGGAUGUGAAGUGUCCCGGUUGCUACGCAAUAAAAACCAUCUUCAGCCAUGCUCAAAGACCCGUUGAGUGCGACGGAUGCCGCACUAUUUUGUGCACACCCACUGGUGGAAAAGCACGUUUAACUGAAGGAUGCUCCUUCAGAAGGAAAAUCCAGUGCUAAUUUUAAAUUAAUUUUUUAUUAUUUUAGGAAAAUAAAAAAUUAAUUAAACUCAAA